AGAGAGAGAGAGACUAUAACCAGGAUUUUGAAGACGUCUCUUCAGCACUGGAUGUGAGAUUAGACUUUUUUUAGGGACACGGUGAGGGGACUCUAUGCCCGCCAUGAGAGGGUGUCAGGCGGUGUAAGGCUCGUCUUAGACGCCGCUCCGCCCGUGGAUGGCUGCGCAGGUGUUGCAAACCAGGGAGGAUGCCGCCGUUCAACGCUCUCAUCGCCGCUGCGACGGCGUGGACAUUUUAAAAAGCACCCACGGUAUUUUACAUUUUUUAAACCAAUGAUUGAACCAAUUCGAUUCCCCCCUAAACAUUGCGGGUGUUUUUUUUUUUUGUGGAAAUAAUGGUGGCGUUCCAUUAAGUGUGUGAGGACGCGGUGGUUUCCGCAGCAUCCAAGCGGCUUUUUUUUAAUGUGAUUUAUUCACCGUGUCGAUUUAAAGGCGUCUAAUGACAUGUUGUCAUGACAGCGGAGGAAUAAAUCCCGUGGAAGCCCGUGGAGCAGAUCUGAUGCAGGAGGCAUGACGGGCCAUGGAGGAGGAUCGUGUUGAAGAAGCUCCGAAAGGACCGCACGUUUGAUUCCCCGCGCACCCACGCCUCGGUGAGGUGGACUCAAUACAUGGGCCCCCAGGUCGAUCGUUAAACCCACGUGAGACGUUCGAACCCGGAUGGGAUGUAAUGUUGUGUGGCCGUGGAGCUGAGCACCGGUCUCCUUCUCCGCUGCUUCGUCGAGAUUGGCUUCUGGUGUCCGGGGAAUGGCGCGCUUUGGGGACGAGGUGCCGGCCAGGUACGGCGGAGGCCCCGGUGGAGGGGGCCCCGGCGGCCGUGGCGGCGGCAGGCAAGGAGGACCCCACGGACAUGCGCACGGACACGGGCACGGACAUGGCCCUGGCCACGGCCCGCCGGGGCCCGGGGCCCAGAGAGUGUACAAGCAGUCUAUGGCGCAGAGAGCCCGGACUAUGGCCUUGUAUAACCCGAUACCAGUGCGCCAGAACUGCUUCACCGUCAACCGCUCCUUGUUCAUAUUCAGCGAGGACAACUUUGUGAGGAAAUACGCCAAAAAGAUCACCGAAUGGCCUCCAUUUGAGUGGAUGAUUCUCGCCACCAUCAUUGCCAAUUGCAUCGUCCUGGCCCUGGAACAACAUUUGCCCGAUGGUGAUAAGACGCCGCUCUCUGAACGCCUUGACGACACAGAGCCGUAUUUCAUUGGGAUCUUCUGUUUUGAGUCUGGGAUAAAAAUCCUGGCGCUGGGGUUCGCCUUCCACAAGAAUUCGUACCUGAGGAACGGAUGGAACGUGAUGGACUUUGUGGUGGUGCUCACAGGGAUUCUGUCCACGGUGGGCUCAGAUUUUGACCUGCGGACCCUGAGAGCCGUUCGAGUCUUGAGGCCCCUCAAACUGGUGUCCGGUAUUCCUAGUCUACAGGUAGUGCUCAAAUCCAUCAUGAAGGCAAUGAUUCCGUUGCUGCAAAUUGGGCUCCUGCUUUUCUUCGCCAUCCUCAUGUUUGCCAUUAUCGGCUUGGAGUUCUACAUGGGAAAAUUCCACACCACCUGUUUUGACAAUCACACAGGGGAGAUCCGAGAAGAGUUCCCAUGUGGGACAGAACUUCCUGCACGGUUGUGUCCAGAGGGUACCAUGUGUCGACAGUACUGGCUGGGUCCAAACUACGGCAUCACCCAGUUCGACAACAUCCUUUUUGCUAUCCUCACCGUCUUCCAGUGUAUCACCAUGGAGGGCUGGACUGACCUGCUGUACUAUAGCAACGAUGCCUCAGGGAGCACCUGGAACUGGAUGUACUUCAUCCCUCUCAUCAUCAUCGGCUCCUUCUUCAUGCUCAACCUGGUGCUUGGUGUGCUGUCAGGCGAGUUUGCCAAAGAGAGAGAGCGAGUAGAAAACAGAAGCGAGUUCCUCAAGCUCAGGAGGCAGCAGCAGAUUGAAAGAGAACUCAAUGGUUAUUUGGAGUGGAUCUGCAAAGCUGAAGAGGUUCUCUUGGCAGAUGAUGAAAAUGAAAAUGACUACGAUGGCUCCCGCAGGAGAGCCACCAAGAACCACAAGAGCAAAGCUGAGCUUCUAAACCCAGAGGAGGGGGAGGGAGAUCUGGCAGUUGGGUCACCAUUCGCCCGUGCCAGCUUAAAAAGCUCCAAACUGGAAGGCUCCACUUUCAAGAGGCGGGAAAGGCGGUUACGCUUCUUAAUCCGACACAUAGUCAAGUCGCAGGCCUUCUAUUGGACCGUGCUGUGCUUGGUGGGCCUCAACACAAUGUGUGUGGCCGUAGUGCACUAUGACCAGCCAGAACCACUCUCAGAUUUCCUAUUUUACGCUGAAUUUAUCUUCCUGGGAAUAUUCUUGACGGAGAUGAUGGUGAAGAUGUACGGCCUUGGAAAGCAGGCAUACCUCAACUCCUCUUUCAACUGCUUUGACUGCAUUGUGAUAUGUGGCAGCAUAUUUGAAGUGCUGUGGUCCAUCAUCCAGCCGGGCACCUCAUUCGGCAUCAGUGUUUUACGAGCUCUCAGGUUAUUGAGGAUCUUCAAGGUCACCAAGUACUGGGCAUCUUUACGGAACCUUGUUGUGUCUUUGCUCAACUCCAUGAAAUCCAUCAUCAGCUUGCUGUUCCUCCUUUUUCUCUUCAUCGUGGUGUUCGCCCUGCUGGGCAUGCAGCUCUUUGGAGGACAGUUUAAUUUUGAAAAUGGCACUCCUCCAACCAACUUUGAUACCUUCCCGGCAGCAAUAAUGACAGUUUUUCAGAUCCUGACAGGCGAAGAUUGGAACAUGGUCAUGUAUGACGGCAUCAAGUCUCAGGGCGGAGUCAACAAAGGCAUGGCCUUCUCCGUCUUCUUCAUUGUUCUCACACUUUUUGGCAACUACACUCUGCUAAAUGUCUUCUUGGCUAUCGCUGUGGACAAUUUGGCCAACGCACAAGAGCUAACUAAGGAUGAGCAAGAGGAGGAGGAAGCUGCCAGUCAGAAAAUCGCCUUGCAGAAAGCCAAGGAGGUGGCAGAAGUCAGCCCCCUGUCAGCUGCCAAUCUCUCCAUAGCAGCCAACAAAGUACACAGUGAUUGUCACAACGCUACCGACCCCUUUCUGGACUGUAAAGAGCAAUAUAAGAACCACAAUAAAGGUCUCAAUAAGUCGGUGUGGGAGCAGCGCACCAAGGAGCUGAGGAGGCAGACCCUGGCUUCCAGUCGCGAGGCCCUCUACAACGAGCUGGACCCUGAAGACCGCUGGAAGGCAAGGACAGGGAGGGAGGAGCACAACAAUGUGAACUUCGCACGACAAGUCCGACCUGAUAUGAAAACUCACCUGGAUCGACCUUUGGUGGUUGACCCCCUUGAGAACCGCAACAACAACACCAACAAGAACACCGAGAACAAUCCAGAACUCUGCUUUAGCCAGCAGCAUCCCACCGAAAACCUCCACACACAAACACACCUCCACCAAUGCAGUGGUCAAGUCGGCCCUGUCAAACCUCCUCUAGAGCGGGGCGAGUCCACCGAGAGCAGGCGGAGCCGGAAAGGAGCUCACCACCACCGUACCUCCCAUGUCAGACUGGAUGCAACCGUUAUUCCUGGGCCCGGCUCUGAGGAGAGACCCACCAGGCGCCAUCACCACAACCGCAGUGGAAGUCGUGGGGCCGGGCUGUCCGAACACAAAAAGCCCAGGUCGCAUCGAAAGAAUGAGGAAGAUGAGGAGGGUCGAGAAGGAGCUGGAAAAACAGGAAGACACAAGAGCAAAGGAGUAGAUGGAGGUGGCGAGGGAGAGAAGGAGGCAGGUGGUGAUGGCAGUGAGAGGAGGCCAAGGAGGAGUCGCCAUAGCAACCAGACGGAAGGAGAGGGGAAGAAGAUGUGCCAACACCGGAGGAAGGAUGGUAGCGUCCCAAACCUCUCCACCACACGACCCAUCCAAAAGAGACUGUCUCGGCAAGACGGGCAGGACAGUGAAGACAUGGACAACCUCAUGAAUACCAAACUGGUUUCUGUCUCCACCCCUCCCAGCGAGCGUGCCCUUAAUCCAGUCGCCAACCACGCCGCCAUUGCUGGUUUUGGUUCUGCCUUCCAACUUUCUAACAGUAGCACUCGAGGGAGUUUAGUCAGAUUAGAUAGCUACGGGAACAUCGGCCAUCAUCGUGCCAACAGCGUCGUUAGACAACCACACCCUGACUACACUGCUUUAGAUAUGCCAAUUUUUCCCUCCACCAAUGCCAUCCUGCAGGUCAAUAAAAAUGCCAACACAGAGCCAUUGCCAGCGAAGGAAGACAAAGAUGAUGAUGAUGACGCCAAGGGAGGUGAGGGAGGGCCCAGGCCCAUGCCUCCCUUCACCUCCAUGUUCAUCCUGUCCACCACUAACCCGUUUCGCCGGGCCUGUCACUACGUCUGCACCCUGCGCUACUUUGAGAUGUGCAUCCUGCUGGUCAUCGCCAUGAGCAGUAUCGCCCUCGCUGCUGAAGACCCAGUUUGGCCUGAUUCCACGCGGAACAAUGUCCUGCGUUAUUUUGACUACGUCUUCACAGGAGUGUUCACAUUUGAGAUGCUUGUAAAGAUGGUGGACCUGGGCUUGGUUUUGCACCAGGGUUCUUAUUUCCGAGACUUGUGGAACAUCCUUGACUUUAUUGUGGUUAGUGGCGCUCUGGUGGCCUUCGCCUUCACGGGGAGCAGCAAGGGAAAAGACAUCAGCACCAUCAAGUCCUUGAGGGUGCUCAGAGUGCUGCGGCCACUUAAGACGAUAAAGCGUCUCCCCAAACUCAAGGCUGUUUUUGACUGCGUGGUGAACUCUUUGAAGAACGUCCUCAAUAUUUUGAUCGUCUACCUUCUCUUCAUGUUCAUCUUUGCUGUGGUGGCCGUCCAGCUUUUUAAGGGACGUUUUUUUUACUGCACCGAUGAAUCCAAAGAGUUUGAGCGAGAUUGCAGAGGCGAAUAUUUGGUGUAUGAGCGCGAUAACGAAGUAAAGGCACAGAAGCGGGAGUGGAAGAAGUACGAUUUCCACUACGACAAUGUGGCUUGGGCCCUUCUCACCCUCUUCACUGUUUCCACUGGAGAGGGGUGGCCGCAGGUGCUGAAACAUUCAGUGGAUGCGACUUACGAGAAUCAGGGCCCCAGCCCCGGAUACCGGAUGGAAAUGUCCAUCUUUUACGUCGUGUACUUCGUGGUCUUCCCCUUCUUCUUUGUCAAUAUCUUUGUGGCUCUCAUCAUCAUCACCUUCCAGGAGCAAGGAGACAAGAUGAUGGAGGAUUAUAGUUUAGAAAAGAACGAGAGAGCUUGUAUCGAUUUUGCCAUCAACGCCAAGCCUCUGACUCGCCACAUGCCCAAGAACAAGCUCAGCUUUCAGUACCGCAUGUGGGAGUUUGUGGUGUCGCCGCCAUUUGAGUAUACUAUCAUGGCAAUGAUUGCGCUCAACACAAUUGUGCUGAUGAUGAAGUAUGACGGUGCUUCGGAAACCUACGAAGGCGUGUUAGCCAACCUGAACAUAGUGUUUACCUCGCUUUUCUCCAUGGAGUGUGUACUCAAGAUCAUCGCCUUUGGAGUACUGAAUUAUUUUAAAGAUGCCUGGAACAUCUUCGACUGUGUGACAGUUCUGGGCAGCAUCACAGACAUUCUGGUCACCGAACUUGGGAAUAACUUCAUCAACCUAAGUUUCCUGAGGCUGUUCAGGGCAGCUCGUCUCAUCAAGCUGCUGAGGCAAGGAGAAACCAUUCGAAUUUUGCUUUGGACCUUCGUUCAGUCCUUCAAGGCUCUGCCUUAUGUAUGCCUCCUCAUUGCCAUGCUCUUCUUCAUCUACGCGAUCAUUGGGAUGCAGCUUUUCGGGAAUAUUGCUAUUGAAGAAGACGGGGAGAGUGCUAUCAACCAGCACAACAACUUCAGGACCUUUGUUCAGGCUCUCAUGCUCCUCUUCAGGAGUGCGACAGGGGAAGCGUGGCAUGAUAUCAUGUUGUCUUGUCUCGGGGGGAAACCAUGCGACGAGCUGUCUGGGAAUACAGAGCCAGAGUGUGGCAGCCAGGUGGCUUACCUCUACUUUGUCUCCUUCAUCUUUUUCUGCUCAUUCCUGAUGCUGAAUCUGUUUGUGGCCGUCAUCAUGGACAACUUUGAGUAUCUGACAAGAGAUUCUUCCAUACUUGGACCUCACCACCUGGAUGAGUAUGUCAGGAUAUGGGCAGAGUAUGAUCCUGCUGCCUGUGGCAGGAUCAGUUGCAGGCAAAUGUAUGACAUGCUGAGGCACAUGUGUCCUCCACUAGGCCUCGGGAAGAGGUGUCCUGCACGUGUGGCCUACAAGAGACUCCUUCGUAUGGACCUGCCCGUGGCUGAUGACAACACCGUUCACUUCAACUCCACCCUCAUGGCUUUGAUACGCACGGCGCUCGACAUCAAGAUCGCUAAGAUUUCGGAAGGUGGCAUCGACAAGCACCAGAUGGACGCAGAGCUAAGGAAAGAGAUGAUGGCGAUCUGGCCCAAUCUCUCCCAGAAGCAUCUGGACUUGCUGGUUACGCCCCAUAAGUCAGCGACAGACCUGACAGUGGGCAAAAUCUACGCUGCCAUGAUGAUCAUGGAGUACUACAGACAGAGCAAGAUCAAGCGCUCUCAGGCUCUUCGGGACGAGCAGAAUCGAACGCCAUUACUAUUUCAGCGCGUGGACCCUUCCCCCACCCAGGACGGGGGCCCGGCCCUCAACAACGCCCUCCCUCCACCUGAGACCACAGAGACGGUGAACAGCCUCCCGGUGGAAGGGGGGCUGCCGGAGAGCCGCUCAUGGGUUACAGCCCGUGCUCAGGAGAUGUCUCAGAAGGUCGGGAGCUGGAGCCCUGAAGAUGGCCUGGGAAGCAUGACCACGUCACAGACGGUAGAGAUGAGAGAGAUGGGGCAGGAUGGUUACUCGGAUACUGAGCACUUUCCACCAAUGGAAGGCCACGGCAGGGCCGCUUCCAUGCCCCGCCUACCAGGCGACAACCAAAAGCGGAGGAAAGGGAAGCAGCGUGGCAGUCAGCUCAGUACCAUCAGUGACAACAGCCCCAUGAAGCGCUCGGCCUCGUCUUUAGGUCACAGCAGGUCAGGCCGCAGCAGCAGAGACAAAGGAGGCCCAGAUGUCUACAACAUGGAUCAUGUCAUACCGGAGGAAGGUCGAGCUCCAAGACACGGGCACAGGAGGAAAGAGCGCAGCCAUCGUGCCUCCGAGAGGUCGCUGUGUCACUACACGGAGGCCGACACAGACAUUAACACAACCACCCAGUCAGGUGACCUGAUGUCCAAGGACCGGGAUCGAGACCGAGACCGCGGUCGCUCCAAAGACCGCAAACACCAUCACCACCAUCAUCACCAUCACGGUUCCGUGGACAAAGAACGGUACGCCGCCGAGCGAGGAGGCGACUACGGCCGCAAACACUCCCGCGACAGAGAGCCCGACCGGGAGAGGGAGCGAGAAAGGGACCAGCGCUGGUCGCGAUCCCCCAGCGAGGGUCGUGACUGCAUGACGCACAGACAGGGCAGUAGUUCGGUCAGUGGAAGUCCUGUUCCAUCGACCUCCGGGACUAGCACGCCACGCCGGGGCCGCCGCCAGUUGCCUCAGACGCCUGCGACGCCCCGCCCCCAUGUUACGUACUCCCCCGUAGUCCGUAAGGCCGUGCCCUCACAACCCGCCGGGCCGCAGGGACGGGCCCCGGCCCCGGCACCCCGGCGGUUAUCUCCCGAUCCCCCUCAAGGCCAGGUUCCUCUUGCUGGCGUCCCGAUGACUCACCAUGGCGCGCCCCGCCAGGGUCAUCACCCCCCGCUUCGCUGGGGGGACACAGGUGGAGGCUCCAUAGAAGGGGACGGCUGCUUUUAUAACCAAAAUUACGCGCCCACACAUGAACCAGUCAGCAACCCCCACCCACAUCCCUUAGCGAGCCACACACUGCCGCCUCCUCCCCAACCACAGCCACACCCUGUAAACAACCCGCACCCUCACCCUUUGCCGCCUCACCCGCAGCCAAACCGUAUCUCACCUCGGACCGUCCACCACGCACCCCCUUCUACUGCCCCUCUUCAGGGCCAAGUGCAGCCCUCUGCCCAGCGCCGUCUUCCCAAUGGCUAUCGCUCUUCAUCGCCCUCCACACAUCUCCAAGGACCCCAACAUAGUGGGCCUCACAAGGUCCCGCCCCCGGGGGCACAUCCUAGAGGACCCCGCAAGGGCCUGCAUGAACCCUAUGGGGAGAAGCAGCAGGACGACUGGUGCUAGCCUCCGGGGAUGUGGGAGUGACGGAAUGCAGUACUUUUAUAAACACUUGGAAUGUUCCGGAAAUGCUGGUCUUGCUGAGGCAUCUGAAUGAAAGAAUUAAAUAUUUCCCCCAAAAUAUAGAAGAGGUACCAAACUUCAUCACUUGACAAACUCACACUUACUUUUAAGGAUGCAAGAAGUAGGGGCGAUCGACACUUAUGCUUCGGUGUCUUAAAUUCUGCCUCUGGUCAAGCGCUACAGCCACUUACAAGAUGUCAAGAGUUGCGACUCAAUUAAAAAAGCAAAAUAAAUAAAAAAAAACAGACAAAACAUUUUUUUUUUUGCUUCCUAAAGCUAACUUAUGUUAGCUCGGAAGAAAAGGAAGUCAAUUCCAAUCCUCCCAGCCACCUGUUGAAUAUUGAUGAGUUUUAUCAUCUGUGUUUUUAAAUAAAAACAACAACAAAAAACUUCCGGAAGUGGGUGGGACGGACAGAACGGGAUGAUGUUUACCCUUGAAGUCCUUAACCCCCACCCGGGGAACAAUACACACCACACCAUCCUCUCAGUGGCGAUGAAGGGUUGAACCACCGAACCAGAUUUCUGCAGCAUUUCUUCUUCUUCUUCUUCUUCUUCUUCUUGGAUACACUGAGGCUUGAAUCUUCUGUUGCACCCCCCCACACAGAUUUUUUAAGACUUGUAAACCUGUGCAAUCCUGCAUGAAUGAUUGAAAAAAAAAGAAAAAAAGAAAUGACAAUAUUAGCAUUAAUGAGAAUCUACUGUAUGUAGGAAGGAGGAGGUCAUUCUCUCCUUCCUUCUUGUUGUAGCCUGUAGGUUUCUCUCCCUUUUUUUUCUAUACCGACAUUUUUGUUCCCCCCUCCCCCACAUGACAUUCCUCUUUUUAUAACCUCAUUUUCACUCCGGUGACAGGAAGUCAUAGACAGAAGUGAUGUGUGUCGUCGUACGUGACAAAAUGACUUUUGGCUUGCUCGUCUCUCUAUGUUGUGUGCCAAAUGCCUGCCACUCAUAACAGAUGGAAAUGCACUUCUUCUCUUUCUUUUGGCGGCGAUGAUCUUCGAAAGAUCAACUGGGAAAGCAGGGUAAACGCGGACAAGCGUGACGUUAGCGGAAACAUUUUCCGAGGUCUUCCAGAGGGAAAGAGACCGGUGGGAAGGUGAAGAAAGGAGAGAAACGCUUUGUUUUCUUUGACCAUAACAGGGGAGAACAUAAACAAACUAACUCUGGGUUGCACCUCUUACCCAUUGCAUUGUGGGAGAUGAUCUUGGGUGGUCAUUGGUGGAUUGCGGUUAUUUGAAUAGAGGCGUUAUUAGAACAAUAACGUUGAUUUAUGGUUGGCAUGUCGAACGUCGGCCAAGGCUGCCCUUUUGUCACCGACUCUGUUCGUCGUUUGGACAGACUUUCUAGAAGAAGAAGUUGUCCAGUUUAGCAGUUUUGGGUUGGGGUUGAGGUCUUGAGGGGUGGAGAAAUUCAAGUAUUUUGGAGUCUUGGUUACAAUUGAGAGAAGUCAAGAGUGUGCGAUCGACAAACGCAGGGAUUUUUGUGGACUUAAACAAGAUUUUGUUUGUGUCCCCAUUUCGGUCUUUAAGGCCCCUUCUACACUAAGCCGGCAUAGUAGGCUUAGUUAUCCAGGGUAUAUCCCACCUAACCUUACCCUUGUCCACACACGCACAAUGGUCGUUUAAGACGCGACCUAGUACGCAUGCGCUGAAAAUGCGCACGUCAUAGUCACCUCCAGUGUUGCUUUGUGUCCAAGUUGUUAAAGGGGAACAUUAUCACAAUUUCAGAAGGGUUAAAACCAUUAAAAAUCAGUUCCCAGUGGCUUAUUUUAUUUUUCGAAGUUUUUUUCUAAAUUUUACCCAUCACGCAAUAUCCCUAAAAAAAGCUUCAAAGUGCCUGAUUUUAACCAUCGUUAUAUACACCCGUCCAUUUUCCUGUGACGUCACACAGUGAUGCCAAUACAAACAAACAUGGCGGAUAGAACAGCAAGGUAUAGCGACAUUAGCUCGGAUUCAGACUCGGAUUUCAGCGGCUUAAGCGAUUCAACCGAUUACGCAUGUAUUGAAACGGAUGGUUGUAGUGUGGAGGCAGGUAGCGAAAACGAAAUUGAAGAAGAAACUGAAGCUAUUGAGCCAUAUCGGUUUGAACCGUAUGCAAGCGAAACCGACGAAAACGACACGACAGCCAGCAACACGGGAGAAAGCGAGGACGAAUUCAGCGAUCGCCUUCUAAUCAACGAUUGGUAUGUGUUUGUUUGGCAUUAAAGGAAACUAACAACUAUGAACUAGGUUUACAGCAUACGAAAUACAUUUGGCAACAACAUGCACUUUGAGAGUGCAGACAGCCCAUUUCAGGCGCGCUAAGAACAUAUAUUUUUCCACGAUUUCAGCACUCAGGUUAACCAUACCUAAAUAGACACAAAACACUGCAUUACACAAGACUACCCGAAUGUCUUUGAGUACCUUGAAGGUAGAAAAGCGCUAUACAAGUAUAACCCAUUUACUCGAAUGAUUGAAAAAAAUAAAUGUUUUUAAGCUAAAUUAUUGGUAAACACAGUUUAUGUAUAAUAAUUUACGUAAAACCGCGAGUAAUUAAUACAUUUUCAUCAAUUAAUAUAUUCUGUAGACAUACCCUCAUCCGCUCUCUUUUCCUGAAAGCUGAUCUGUCCAGUUUUGGAGUUGAUGUCAGCAGGCCAGGGAAGCUAGGGUCUUUAUCGUUGGAAAUGCAUCUGCUUUGAGUGUCGCAGGAUAUCCACACAUUCUUGCCAUCUCUUUCGUAGCAUAGCUUUCGUCGGUAAAGUGUGCGGAACAAACGACUGACCAUUUCGUCGGCUUUCCCCACACCCUCGUAUUUUGAACAAAUUUCGUCCAAUUUCUUGCCACUUUCGCAUCUUUGGGCCACUGAUGCAACUUGAAUCCGUCCCUGUUCGUGUUGUUACACCCUCCGACAACACACCGACGAAAAUGAGAAAAUGGCGGAUUGCUUCCCGAUGUGACGAAAGUGAAUAAUAGAAAGGCGUUUAAUUCGCCAAAAUUCACCCAUUUAGAGUUCGGAAAUCGGUUAAAAAUAUAUGGUCUUUUUUCUGCAACAUCAAGGUAUAUAUUGACGCUUACAUAGGUCUGGUGAUAAUGUUCCCCUUUAAAUUAAAUGUAACUUAUCUGAACAAUGUCCAAUGUUGUGGUAUUUCAAUUAACUGGAAUCCAGUGUGCUGUGGGGCCCUAUUGUAGUGAAUUACACCUGAGCCAUCAUAAAUUAAUCAAAUCUUUAAUGGACAUGUGAAAGUAAACAAUGUGACAAAGAACAUUUUACAACAAUCAAUCUAGGGAUCUAGAUAUCUGGUCAGGACACUCCUCACUCUUUUGCCUUCACCUUCAUUGUCCGUUCGUUUUUGGUGACUUUAUAUACUCUGUACCUAGACGUUGAGUCCGCGACAUACAUGGCGGACAAUAACUGAUACAGUCUGCUUUGCCAGUCCAAAUGCAUUCGCUGUUUUCCGUAGUCUUCCCUCGACGGCCAGGUAAUACAAAGCACACACUACCUUUUUCAUCACAUCCACGGGAGCCCUCAUUCUCGUUGUCUCCCCUUCGACAAAUGGACAAAGUUUUUCGGUAAGUAGAAUCACAGCUGACCCGGACAUUCGAAAGUUCUCUUGCCGUCUGAGAUGUGUAGUAUCCGUAAUAGCUGCAAUCGCGCGUUUCCUUCACUUAAGGCAGUGGUUCUCAACCUUUUUUCAGUGAUGUACCCCCUGUGAACAUUUUUUUUAAUUCAAGUACCCCCUAAUCAGAGCAAAGCAUUUUUGGUUGAAAAAAAGAGAUGAAGAAGUAAAAAACAGCACUAUGUCAUCAGUUUCUGAUUUAUUAAAUUGUAAAACAAUGCAAAAUAUUGCUCUCAUUUGUAGUGGUCUUUCUUGAACUAUUUGGAAAAAAAGAUAUAAAAAUAACUGAAAACUUGUUGAAAAAUAAACAAGUGAUUCAAUUAUAAAUAAAGAUUUCUACACAUAGAAGUCAUCAUCAACUUAAAGUGCCCUCUUUGGGGAUUGUAAUAGAGAUCCAUCUGGAUUUGUGAACUUAAUUCUAAACAUUUCUUCACAAAAAAAUAAAUCUUUAACAUCAAUAUUUAUGGAACAUGUCCACAAAAAAUCUAGCUGUCAACACUGAAUAUUGCAUUGUAAUGAAUGGAAUAGCCUACUUGAUUUGAUGUUCAGUUUAUGAACUUACAUUCAUAUUUUCUUGAAGUAUUAUUCAAUAAAUAUAUUUAUAAAGGAUUUUUGAAUUGUUGCUAUUUUUAGAAUAUUUAAAAAAAAUCUCAUGUACCCCUUGGCAUACCUUAAAGUACCCCCAGUGGUACGUGUACCCCCAUUUGAGAACCACUGACUUAAGGUAUUCAUGUGGGAUUUCCACAAGCGUCUGUACAUGUAGAAGAAGGAGAAACACGGGCAUGUCUGGAUGGCUCGCCUCCAUCUUUCUAGUGGUUAGCUCCGGUUGUUAUGAAGCAGGCUGUGGCGCGUUCUUUCUGAUGUCACUUCCUGUUCUGACUUCACUUCCUCUCCGAACUCAGUUUGUAAACGAUCAAUGAGUGCAUACAAAGCUAAGAGCCGGAGAUUCAAGAAAUACACGGCGCACUUACUAAUUAUCCAAGGAGGGGGACCUUAAAUGAUACUUUAUUGUAGCUGACACGGGGCUUAGGCUAAAUAAUGAUUAGUUUAAGGAGUUAUCCGGCUUAAUGUAGACAGGGCCUAACAUUACUUGUGUGACACGUCAAGGCAGGGCUAUUCAACUGGCCGUUCGGCCCGACCAUACCGACCCACCAGUUCAUUGAAAACUUGGGAGACUAACAUUUUUGAAGUAUAUUCCUAAAAAUACCAGCGUUCCUGUUGUAUAGAGAAACUUAGACCACUGUAAACUCAUUGGCAGAUACUUGAAUUGAAAUGUUUAACCUUUAUAGCAAACCUAAAACACUUGGGUCCAAACUUUGGAUUUACAUAUAUAACUGAGGCGUUCCUCAAGGCACCCCUUUCAAUCCUCUCCUUUUUGGCAGUUACACAUUUCUUUCGUAAUGUGAGUCGAGUCAUGUAACUAAGGUGUUGCUGUAGCUUGUUUACUUUAGUCGCCAUCGGUUCAACUUCUUUACUUAUACUAGUGGUGUUCCUCAAGGUUCUAUUUUAGGACCUCUCUUUUUCAUCGUUUGGGCUAUUCAACUGGUUCAAAAACUUGUGAGAGGCUCACAUUUUUGUAGCCGAUUCUUAAAAACACGAGCUGGUCUUUGACUAGCAGAAGGUCCUUAAAAACAGCAGAGCACUUUUGUAGCUCUGACAAAAUAAACGGACCAAAAUCAAAUGUCUACUGUACUGUAGAGGACGCUAGUUCUCCGGAAUAUAAAGAGUAAGAGUAAAAGGGACAAGUUCGGUGUCCCGGUCCUUAGCUUUCUAGAAAAGUUAGCAGCUUGUAAAGGUGACUAUGUGGGUGUUAUUUCAUGUCUAUAGGGCUAUUUCUUGACAACUACAACUCAGUUCAAUUAAUUAGUCAUGUGUUUAUACUCCAGAUAAAAAAAGUUUAUAUGAAAUGGUAAAGGGGGAAAACAAAGUUUAAUAUCUCUUACCACAGCUUAAACGUUAAUUGAAAAGUAAACAAAACACAAUAAUUGGGCAAAAACUAUGAAAAAAAAAAAAAUGUUUUCACACAUUAUAUCGUUAGAGGAAAGGUUCAGCUACAAUAUGAAUUUAAAUAGUAAGGUCGUGUUAGAAAUACAACUGUAAAUCAUUUGAAGCGAUGCUGAAGUAGCGAUUAUCUCGACGGGCUUUUGCCCUAAACUAAACUACAAUGAUUACAAAAAGUAUGUUUACUCACCCUACAAUAAAAGUUGAAUUGAGACAAAGUAUAAUUGUGCCCAUGAAGUUAUUCAGCCCAUCAAAGCAGAACAAGCAAACACCUGCAGAGCACGACCACCACUAAUGAAGUGACUGGUCGCCAUAAUUAUGCCCUGGCGCAGUUUGCAGUAAUGUGGUCAUAGUCUGACCUACUGAAACUGCUGUCCCUGCGACGUGAGCAUGGAUAGGUGUCGUUUGCAAGUCUAGCCGAGGUCAGUCAGUCACUCCUCCAGUAUUAGUCAACCCUUAAACAAAAGAUGUCCAAGCCUUCUUAUGGUCCAAGAAAACGCUCACAUGUAAAUAUUUAAUUUCUUUCUGUGUGUGCCUCAAACUAACACCUUCUUUUGGUCUCACGCUUACAAUUUUUUUUUUUUUUUUUUUUUUUUUUUUUUUUUUUUUACUUUUACCUGGAGACCGAUCACAUGUUGACCAGAGAAUGCACUGAGAAAAAUAGCAAAGACAAAAAAAGAAUUGCCUAUCAGUGUCUUUCCAACCUCAGCGGAAUGUCACAAGUAUUUUUUCGCAACACUUUCAGAUAAGCUAUGUAGCCAAUGCUUCUUUUCUCUGUGUGUGUGUGUGUGUGUGUGUGUGUGUGUGUGUGUGUGUGUGUGUGUGUGUGUGUGUGUGUGUGUGUGUGUGUGUGUGUGUGUGUGUGUGUGCACAGUUGUAUUUCUAUCUUUGUGCAGCACAUUCCACUUUUUUUUAUUCUGAGGUCCAUUUGUCUUUGCGUGAAUAUUGUGAGGGAGGAGGUCUUGUUGUGUGAUGUGUGAAUGAGGCAUGCACACGUCUGAUCAUGCGCUGUUUUUUUUGUGUGUGUGUGUGUCUAUGCUGCAGUAAAAUCCACACUAAUUAACCACACACACACACACACACACACACAUCGUCUGCAAAAAGCAACAUAUAAGCCGCAAACGCGAAGGAAAAAAAACGGUUUUGUUUAUGGUUUUUUAAUACACACACACACACAAAGGUGAAAAAAUAUCUAGCUCAAGAACUGCAUGUGCUAUGUGCAUGCCACACUGUGGGUUAUACAGUCAUCUUCAGGACAUAAAAGAAAAACAGACUGAUGAAUUAAUAGAUAUGAAAAGAAGAAAAGAUGUAUAAAUAGAUGUUUUAAAAAAAAAAAAAAAAAAAGCAACCUUUCUUUUUUUCCUUCUAUUUUUGAGAACAAAAAUACUGCGAAAAAAGACCAAAAAAAAAAAAAAGAGACUUUGGCGAGAGUCUAUUUUUGAUUUUUGUCCUCUGUGACAUGGGCUUGAGGCACAACACAACCAUGUAGAGAAAUGACAACAAAUGUACACAAGUGCAGAUCUGAUGAUGAUGAUGUGUUUUGUCGAUAUCGUUUGUGCAGCGGGAGGGGGGAUCGGGGAGGGGGGUCAAAUUGGAUGUUAUUAAAGAUCUCUAUUCUCUCACUCCUUCCUUUUCUCUCUCUAUCCAAGCUGUCUCUUCUCACACUCUUAACUGUCGCCACUCUCGACUUGUCUCACCAUAUUUCUACCAGUGCAUUUUGUAAUUUCAAACAGAACUCUUCAUAAAGAAGACGAAUAAAUAAUAAUAAAAACAUUAAAAAAAACACACACAAAAAAACAAGAGAGAAUGCA